AAAAGUUAAUCCAAACUCCAGUCGCGGUUUGAGGGUUCUAACUUGUGAAGGUUGAAGAACGACCUCUCUGCGAGUGUAUAGACCACGCUACAUUAGCCGUCGCGGAUUGCUGAUUUCAUCUUUGUUGAUGUUAAUAAGAACUAAACAGUGAAACAAAGCUUAUUUGUCUAAUGUAGUGAAACAAAGCGGAUAUGGAAUGCGUGGUUCAGGGAAUUAUAGAGACACAGCAUGUUGAGGCCCUCGAGAUUCUUCUUCAAGGACUAUGUGGUGUUCAGAGAGAACGAUUGAGGAUCCAUGAGAUAUGCCUCAAGAGUGGUCCAAAUCUGGGCACUGUAACCUCAGAGGUUCGAUUGUUAUGUGAUCUAGAGCAGGCUGAACCGUCAUGGACUGUUAGACAUAUAGGGGGUGCAAUGAGGGGUGCAGGUGCAGAGCAAAUUUCAGUUCUGGUUAGGACAAUGGUGGAAAGUAAAACAAGCAAGAAUGCACUUCGUUUGUUUUAUGUACUGGGGUACAAGUUGGACCAUGAGCUGCUGAGGGUGGGGUUUUCCUUCCAUUUCUAUAGGGGUGCGCAAAUCACUGUAACAGUUUCAUCAAUCAAUAAAAUGCUGAAGCUGCAUGCAACUGAUGAGGCUGUGCCAGUAACACCUGGUAUACAGAUGGUUGAAGUAACAGCGCCUGCAUCUGCUGAAACCUAUACUGAAGUUGCUUCUGCUGUGUCAUCCUUCUGUGAAUACCUUGCACCGCUUCUCCAUCUGUCAAAGCCAGGUAUUUCAACCGGUGUUGUUCCUACUGCUGCUGCAGCUGCUGCAUCUCUAAUGUCUGAUGGUGGGGGUACAACAUUGUAGUGGAUUUGCACUUUUAUAUAUAUAAACACACACUUGACGUACUUUAAAUUUUCAUGAUCUAAAUAGUGUCAUCAAUUGCUUCUUAAUCAGUCAAUUGGUAUGCCAAAUGUAAUUUGAUUCUUCCAAGUUGUUUGGGAUUAGUAGUGUUAUAUUUUAUCAGAAAAG